GGCGGGGCUGUCGCGACAGAGUGAGGGUCCCCAGGGGCCGGCCGUGCGCGUGGCCUGGCGGGGCUGUCGCGACAGAGUGAGGGUCCCCAGGGGCCGGCCGUGCGCGUGGCCUGGCGGGGCUGUAGCGAUAGGAGCGGGGUUCCCAGUUGCCAUCCGUGUGUGCAGCCUGGUAGGGCUGUCGUGACAGGAGUGAACGCCCUCGGGUCUGGUGGUGUGUGCAGCCCGGCAGGGCUGUCAGGAUUAAGAGUGUGGUCCCCGAGGCCGGCCCUGACAGUACUAUCACAAUAACAGCCAGAUUGCCACGAUAAGAGUGGGCUCCCCAGGGCCAGCCCUGUCAGGACUAUUGUGACAGGAGUGGGGUCUCUGAGGCCAGCCCCAGCAGGCCUGUCACGACAGGAGUGGGGUCCCUGUGCACCCAGGGGUGGCCCCUGUCCCCCACAUCACCCCCGGCCCCACAGGCCUCAGGUCCCUGCCGGAUCCCUGCCCGUCGGCAGCAGGCCGGGAUGGAGGCGGAUGGAGCCCUGGCCCCCGGGGUGCUGGAGCGGGAGCUGCAGGCAGCGGUGGCGGCCGACGAGAGGCAGGAGAGGGAGAACGACGCCAAGCUGCGGGCCGUGCGCCAGCGCGUCCCCUCCUAUGAGGAGUUCAGGAACAUCGUGCUGGCAUCACACCUGAAGCCCCUAGAGAAAAAGGACAAGAUGGGUAACAGGAGGAGUGUGUUGUGGAAUCCCUGUGCAGCCCACGCCAAGGCCCCACAAACCAGCAACGUGGAGAUACCCCAGGAAUUGGAUAAACUUCCCAGAACCUCUGCAGAAUUUUACAGAGAUUGGCGCAGAUGCUUCAAAAGCGGAAAAGAAAAAUACCAGUUUUUGCUUGAACUCGGAGGGAAGGCCUUGGGCAGAAUCUUUCAGGCUGAUUUGGGCUUUGGCCUCCUGGGUGAAUUCCUUGCAGUGCUGGCAGAGAACGUCUGUCAUGAAGACAGAGGUGCCAUCCUUCAGAUCUUACAGAGCCUGUCGGGCACUAAGCGCUUUGGGUUAAAUGUGGAUCUUCUGAGCGAGUCGGAGAAAGAGAGCAGCAGGGAUUUGUUUAGGAAACUGUGGAGAAUGAGCAGGGAUUGUUGGACCGUUGGCCAUCCCAGUAGCCCAGCUGGCAGUGAAGCAGAGAGGGAAGCCCACCUCAUGGAUGCCAGCUUGCAAAAGGAAGCCGAGGAGAAAAGGAUAGUGAUGGAGCUGAUGAAAAGUUACCAGGUCAGCUGAAGGAGCAGAAGCACCAGGGUCAUGCAGAAACAGAGCACAAAAGAGGCUCACAGCUUGACUUUGGCAUCACUGUGCGAGACAGCUAAACCAGAUUCUUCUGGAGUGUUGUUACACAUUUCUCUGUACCUGGGAGCCACCCAGAGCAAUA